GGCAAUUCUUGUAAAUUCGAUAUAAUCGACGCCUGUUUCCAAAGGUUUGAACAAUAUAAAUAAGGGCUCAAGUCUUUCUUCUUAUAAGCCUAUAAUUUUUUGAAACCCUAGCCACUCAUUGAGGAGUUGAGUUUAGUCCAAAGGCUCCCUUGAAGGAUCUACAAAAUUAUAUAAAGAUAUCAAGAUGGUUAAAACAGUGAACUUUUUCAAGUGCUACAAUCCUACAACCAGUGCACGAAGAUUGGAACUUCCAAUGGCUUUCAGUUUGCAAUUACGAGGAGCUCUACCAGAUAGGGCAUUCCUCCGAGAUCGUCACACAAAUCUGUGGCCUAUAAAAACGGAAAAAAUUGAUAAUGUCUGGUUUUUUUGUGAUGGCUGGGAAAAAUUUGUUCAAGAUAACUAUUUGGAGUCACGGGAUGUCCUCGUGUUUCAAUAUGAUGGGGACAAUUUAUUUGAUGUAAAGCUAUUGGGGUUAUCAGGUUGUGACAAGGAGGGCCAUUUAUAUAUCAACACGAGUGUUGAGGAUACGAAGGAAGAAGGUGGUGUAGCCAAAGCAGUGCAAGUGGCUGAUGAUGGAGGUAGCAAAGUGCAUGAUAUUGAAAGCAAUGAAGGCCUAUAUCACACAGAAUUAGAGAAUGAAACCGAAGAGAGUAUUCAUGAUAGGGAUGACAAUGCCGAAGAGUACAUGGAGAAUUUGGAAGACAAAGACAAGGAUGCUGAAGAUGAGGAUGGCAAGGAGGAAGACGCUAAAAGCAAUGAAGAUACGACUCAAGAAGAUGAUGAAUUAGAUGUUGAGCAAGCGGCCGAUGGUCAACGUCCUCUCAAUUCUUAUGGUAAUGAUAUUUUCAAUUCCAUCAAAAGCAAAGUUAUUUUCCUCUUUUCUCAAAUCCAGAAAGGUGUUUAUACUUGA